CUCCACCCCAGCGGAGGAGCCUCAGCCAAGGAGGCAUGGGUGUGGGCCGCCCCACCAGGUUCCCCUGCCGGGCGGCCGCCCCCCACUAAGCCAAGUGGAGGGGCUCCCCCCCACCCAAUGGGCCUGGCCAGGGCCCUGCGCCGCCUGAGCGGCGCCCUGGAGUCUGGGGACAGCCGGGCCGGCGAUGAGGAGGCGGCCGAGCAGCCGGCGCUGUGCCGCAACGGGUGGGCGCCCGCAGCGUCCCCACUGGUGGGUCGGCGCCGGGGUCGCUUUGUCAAGAAGGACGGACACUGCAACGUGCGCUUCGUGAACCUGGGCGGCCAGGGCGCGCGCUACCUGAGCGACCUGUUCACCACGUGCGUGGACGUGCGCUGGCGCUGGAUGUGCCUGUUCUUCUCCUGCUCCUUCCUCGCCUCCUGGCUGCUCUUCGGCCUGGCCUUCUGGCUCAUCGCCUCCCUGCACGGCGACCUGGCCGCGCCGCCGCCGCCCGCGCCCUGCUUCUCGCAGGUGGCCAGCUUCCUGGCCGCCUUCCUCUUCGCGCUGGAGACGCAGACGUCCAUCGGCUACGGCGUGCGCAGCGUCACCGAGGAGUGCCCGGCCGCCGUGGCCGCCGUGGUGCUGCAGUGCAUCGCCGGCUGCGUGCUCGACGCCUUCGUCGUGGGCGCCGUCAUGGCCAAGAUGGCCAAGCCCAAGAAGCGCAACGAGACGCUCGUCUUCAGCGAGAACGCCGUCGUGGCGCUGCGCGACCAUCGCCUCUGCCUCAUGUGGCGCGUGGGCAACCUGCGCCGCAGCCACCUCGUGGAAGCCCACGUGCGGGCCCAGCUGCUCCAGCCCCGCGUGACCCCAGAGGGCGAAUACAUCCCGCUGGACCACCAGGAUGUGGACGUGGGCUUCGACGGUGGCACCGACCGCAUCUUCCUGGUGUCGCCCAUCACCAUCGUGCACGAAAUCGACUCUGCCAGUCCCCUGUAUGAGUUGGGCCGCGCGGAGCUGGCCCGGGCCGACUUCGAGCUGGUGGUCAUCCUGGAGGGCAUGGUGGAGGCCACGGCCAUGACCACCCAGUGCCGUUCGUCCUACCUGCCCGGCGAGCUGCUCUGGGGCCAUCGUUUCGAGCCGGUCCUCUUCCAGCGUGGCUCCCAGUACGAGGUGGACUAUCGUCACUUCCAUCGCACUUACGAGGUGCCGGGGACACCGGUCUGCAGUGCCAAGGAGUUGGAUGAACGGGCCGAGCGGGCAUCGCCACACAGCCCUAAGCUGAGCUUCCCUGGCUCUCUGGCUGCAUUUUGUUACGAGAACGAACUGGCCCUGAGCUACUGUCAGGAGGAAGAGGAGGAAGGGGAAGGCAAGGAGGAGGACAGCGGAGAGGCGGAAGAUGGGGCCGCCUGCCCCUGAGUUGUCUCACCCGUGGCGUUGACCCUGUGUCCCAGAUGUGAGCCGGAGGCACCCUCUGUGCCCCACCACCCCACCCUCUUCAAAGACGUCGCAAGCUGGAGAGCUGGAGCAUUCUCCUGCAAACGGGGGCAGGUGUUUUCCCGAGGCCAAGAGGCCUCCUAGGUAAAUUAUUUCCUGGGCAGGUCCUGCCCUAAUGGGUGGAUUCACCCCGGGACAUACUGGACCUCAAUUCCUCUGCAUUCCACGGCCCCCCUGGAGACCACCCUGUACAACGCAUCACCAUCCCAAGUCUCACCAGAGCAAAGGGCUCCAGAAUUCUGGAAGACCCAAGAGGCAAAGGAUUCGUGGUUCUAGAUUCCUCUGCAAGGCUCUUCCUGGGUGGUUGGAAUCCACAGUCUCACUGUCUUGACGAGGAGGAAGUCAUCAGUUCUCAAACAACGGAGAUCAGGGGUUUGUACGUCUGGAAUGGCCUAAGAGUCGAGAGACUCGCCCAACUGGGAGCCAGCCCAUUGGUGGUCGAUCCCUUGAAGAGAGGUGGUUGUUGAAUUGCCCCAGUACUCAUACCCAUCUCGAUUGACCAAAGGUAAGGUCUGAGGGCUGCAGGUCAAGGAAAGAUCCUGUGGUUCCAGAAAGCCGGAGCGUUGAGAGUCUGGGAGUCCGGAUUGACCACAGAGGCAAGCACUGGCAUUUCUAGACCAGAUUUGACCUCAGGAGCUGAACCACCCUUGCCAUGAAAGUGUUCUGUCUCUAGAAUGCGCAAAGUAAUGGGGAAGUGGGCGUGUGUCUCGCAGGACUGAAAGUCGCAAGUUCUUGAUAUCCUUGAAAGCCAGACCAUUCACGGACGACUGAAGAUCCACCCCACUCGAGAGGGUAGCCAGUGCUUCUGAAUGAUCCCUGGGAAGUUGCGGGAAACCACGCACCCCCCCCUAAAAAAAGUGCCAUUCUAGAAUGUCCCAAAGAACGAGGAUUCGGUGGUCCUCCAUCCAUCGCAGAGUCAAGCAAAGGAGUGGUGGUUCGAGAUGUCUUUGAGGUUUGCUGGUUCCACUCUGCCCACGUGGGUUGAGGAUCUCAGGAUUCUGGCUAGGACCAACUUCCUUGGGGUUCUGUAAUGCCAAAAGUAGUCAGAGGCUCCAGGGAUCCAGAGCUGCUCACUCACCAAAGCCGAGAAGUUCAAAUCGCCUCCAGAUACAACGCCUGAUGAUUUUUUUUAAUAGGACUCCGGAUUGAGAAGCGACAUUUCCAAGCGACCCAGGAAGGGGAGGGCCCCGACCCAACCCUCUAGGU